AUGCCUGUGUCAUCUCAUUCACCACUUUCUGUGGUACCUCCAGUUCCUGUGUCCGUUCGGGCCAGUUCUCGCGAGGUCGUGAUGCAGUUGACGCGAGUGAGUGAGGAGCGUGGCAAAAUCCGCGACUACCACUUGGUCGUGGCACCGGUGCAUCUGGCCACCACACACCCGGACGGCGUCAGCAUCGAAAAGGUAAGUUGUAACCCUCGAGCCUGUCCUCCUGAGGGCAGACGUCAUGUUGUAACUGGGGUGGGGGUGGGGGGCACAGGGUCUGUUGGCAGCCUUGGCAACUAA